CUGAGCUGCCCAAGGGAUACUACAGGUCUCCUUUUUUUAUUGGAACGUUUAUCGCCAUUGGCUUCAAUCUGAUGGCUUCAACAGGUGGCUUUGCUCUGAUAGCGCCAGUUCUCGGCGACAUAGCCAUCGCUCUCGGUCCCACCGACUCCAUCAUCUGGCUCUCGCUCGUCUAUACUAUGGGCCUCGCCGUAGGUCUUACUCUUGUAGGCCGCCUUUCCGACAUUUUUGGUCGUCGCUACUUCUUCAUAUUCGGCACUGCACUGGGAUGUGUCGGUGCCAUCGUCGCUAGCACCGCCCACACCGUUCCUACGCUCAUUGGGGGUCAGGUGCUUAUCGGCUUGUCUGCUUCCACCGGGUACUCGUACGCGUUCAUCAUAGGCGAGCUAAUACCAGUCAAAUGGAGGUUUGUUGCUAAUGCAACAAUCUUCAUUUUCUCGUUUCCGACUGCUGGCUUUGGGGCUGCCAUUUCCACUGCUCUGAUUUUACACACAGGCCUGGUACUCUUCAUCCUCGGACUAUCAUCCGGUGGAUCACUUUACCCCUGGAAGAGCGCAGCUGUUAUUGCUCCGCUAGUCAUUGGAUUCAUUUGUCUCGUGGGUCUCUUCGCGUACGAGACCUACGUCGAUAUAAAGGAGCCGCUCAUUCCAAUACACUUGUUCAGGAAUCGAGGCUGGGUAGCUUCGAUGCUGAGUUUGUCCUUGGGGGCUUCAGUGUAUUACUCUCAAGCAAUUGUUUGGCCACAGAUGACAGCAAAUGUCUAUGCUGAGGGGAGAGUCAUGUGGGGAGGCCUAGUAUCUUGCCUAGUCGGCAUUGGAAUCACCAUCGGCGAAGUUAUUGGUGGCGGGGUUGCGAAGAAUCUCGGCAAAUGGAAAAUCCAGUGUAUAUGCGUCAUCACUUUAGGAACUCUUCUUCUCGGUCUGACCGCCAUCUGCACACCCAAUACGCCUAAAACAGCCAUGGCACUCAUUUUCCUUGCCACAACGUUCAUCGGUUGGAACGAAGCGCUCGUCCUCCCCAUCUGCACUAUCAGCAUCCGAUCGCAAGAGGAAAUCGGCACAGCAGCAGGCAUCGCCGGAUCCUCGCGUUCCGCAAUCUCCACUGUAGCGAGCACCAUCUACUCCGUCGUUCUAACGGCACGAGUUACUAAAACCCUAACAACACAAGUUCCAGCAAAAGUCAUCGCAGCAGGCCUUCCUGCAUCGUCGGUCGCGGACUACAUGGCUGCCAUCGCAGCAGGAGGCACAAAAGCCCUUCUCGACAAGGUCCAUGGCCUAACGCCAGAGAUAUUGGUAACUGGAGCGACAGCUUAUCAAUAUGCGUAUAUGGAUGCGUAUCGCACAAUCUUCUUGGUUUCUUUGGCUUUCGGAGGCCUCGCGAUUCUUGUGAGCUUCUUUAUUCCUGAUAUUGAUGCUUUGAUGGGCAGCUCCGUGGCAGCGACGCUGAAGGGCAGGACUAAGGUAACGGAGGAAGGAGUGAAAGGACCGGAAGCAUAAUUGUGAGAAAGAAGAAGAAAUCUUGUCUAUCCCUGACCAUUUUCAACACAGGCUUGGAUAGUGCAGUAAGCAACGUGCUAUUGGUUACUUGCUCCGGGUCUUGCAGAGCAAUUUUUUAAGCGGUGCGUGGCGUCGUGAAUUGUUAACUAGUAACUCUUUGCCGGCCGGGAAAUCUCCUCACCC